AUGGUCGCUGCGUUCAACUUUCUUGCUCCCAUACUUACGCUAUUUGGUUGCGCACCGCUCGAAAAGAACUGGAAUUUCGGAUACAAAGGGGAAAGCCAUUGCUGGGCAAGAGGCACUCUUCCACUUUCCUACACACAAGGUAUCAGCAACAUUAUCACAGACUUGGUCUAUAUGGCUGCGCCUAUCAUCUACAUAUCGAGGGUGCAGUUGAGCAAGCGCACGCAAAUGGGCAUCCGUGUUGUCUUCUUGCUCAGUAUACCCGCGACAGUAUGUUCGAUAUUCAAGACUGUCGAACUCAACAACAUCACUAAAACAAGAGAUCCCACUUGGGAUGGCGUAGCGCUCGGCAUCUGGUCCAGUGGCGAAGCCUCAAUCGGCAUUCUCAUCGCCUCUCUCCCACCGCUCCGAAAACCCUUCGACUACUUCUUCUCAAAGCUACUCCCAUCAAGCUUUACCGGCACAGGCAAAACCCCAACAUCGAGCUAUCGCCCCACCGGCGGCAGAGCCAGCAUCCACCUGCAGAACCUCAGCAACAGCAAAGCCUACCGCUCCAGAAUACCCGGCGAAAGCGUCCUCGACGACGAAAGCGACCGUGCAAUUCUCGAUGAGGAGCACAAGACCGGCGGUAUCAUCAAGAGCACAGACGUGGAAGUCAGGAUCUCAUCGGACAUUAUCGACGGCGUGAGUGACUCAAAGGGUACUCCGAGUCCGCGAAUGAUGAAACACCCAAGUGUGGAUUGGAGGUUGCAUAUGCAGAACGGACCCGGCCCCCAGGUUCCGCGGUAGUGUGGUCGGGAAGAUUAUGGACGAUGGAGCGAUUGGUGUUUUGUAUAUAGAUGGCGACCUAUACCAGGCCGAUUACGUUUACCGUUGCGAUUGGAUACCCUGUUUGCUUAUGUGUGGCAAGGCCGCCUGCCCGUUGUAGUCUGGACAAGUAUUGAUAAUGAAAUGCAUAUUUCGUAUGUUA